CUUUCCCGCAGGUAUAAAAGCCGAAAGCAUUCGAGGCUAUCGCCUCUCAUCCGUGGUCGCGUCUAGGGGCAGAUCGAGCUCCUCCAAGAUGUCGAAGCGAGGGCGCGGAGGGACGGCGGGUAACAAGUUCCGGAUGUCACUUGGUCUGCCGGUGGCAGCGACGGUGAACUGCGCGGACAACACGGGCGCGAAGAACCUAUACAUCAUCUCCGUCAAAGGGAUCAAGGGCCGCCUCAACCGCCUGCCCUCGGCCUGCGUCGGGGACAUGGUCAUGGCCACCGUUAAGAAGGGGAAGCCCGAUCUCCGGAAGAAGGUCAUGCCCGCCGUCAUUGUUCGCCAGCGCAAGCCCUGGCGCCGCAAGGAUGGCGUCUACAUGUACUUUGAAGAUAAUGCUGGAGUUAUUGUCAACCCGAAAGGAGAAAUGAAAGGAUCUGCUAUCACAGGACCUAUCGGAAAGGAGUGUGCGGACCUGUGGCCAAGGAUUGCUAGUGCAGCAAAUGCUAUUGUGUAAUGUCUUGGUUCUUGAGAUCUAUGCAGAUGUUUUGGACUGUGUUGUAUUUGUUCCAUGAAAAUUUUCUGUAUCGAUGUUAGUCUGAGUUGGUCACUAACUAGCUGAUGUUUGCUAGAGUUCUUCGUGGUAAGGAUUUGAUAUUACUGUUAUUAAUAUUGAGGUACUCUAAAACUGAUACCGUUACGUUGGUGAGCAGGAUGUUGUUAUGUUUUAUUAGAAUUCUUAAUGUUUUUUGUUUGAUUUA